GCUGGACCGGCCCCUAGUGAACACUGUGAUAUCUAGCAAAUAUGUACCAAAUAUAUAUAAAAGGAGCUCAUAAAUUUUGUACAAAAGCCAAAAAUAGUGCUACAUCUGUCCUCAGUCGCAUAAGAAUCUCAUCAUCACCUGGUUCAAUACGGACGGAAAGCUAUAAUUGCAAUAAGAAAGGAGAUAGAGCCUCUCUAUUUUCUCUAUUCUUAUCGGUAAUAGGACGCUAUGUCGAAACGAAGAAAUAGUAGUUUGGCCUCUGUGGCCCUGCCUGGUUUGUCUGAUGUGGGGACCUCAGAGACACUCACCUACGACAUGAACCAGGAAAAUCCAAAUAAGGAGUAUGCUGAGAGUGGUGAAAGUACAGGAUUGCUUUCCGGCGAGUCCGAGGAUUUGUCAUGGUACCAGGAUAUCAUAAAUACAUGGACUCUUUCCUGGCCCAUCUUCGGAACCUUCAUGUUACAGGUUGGUCCCGGUAUCACAAACAUUAUCUUCUUGGGACAUCUGGAGCACGAGGCUCUUGGAGCAGGUACUCUGGCCACUAUGUUUAUCCAGAUCACCGGUAAUUCGAUCGGCCAGGGUUUGGCCACAGCUAUGGAUACGCUUGCGUCACAGGCGUACGGUUCCGGACAAAAGAAGAAAGUGGGUGUAGUGUUGCAAAGAGGUCUUAUCAUCCUGAAUUUGGCGUCGAUUCCUAUGCUUGCCAUGUGGGUAAACACCGAGCGUAUUUUGAAUGCAGUGGGUCAGGAUCCUAAGAUCGCAAAGAUGGCGGGUGAUUUCGUCUGGUACUACACACCUGGAUUGUGGGCUAUGUUGUCAUAUGAACCGCUCAAAAAGUUUUUACAGGCACAGGGUAUCGUUAAGCCAGGUAUGUACGUCGCUGCGUUCGCCAAUGUCUGGAACAUCUUCAUGAAUUGGCUUCUGAUCUUUGGCUUCAACUGGGGAUUCCUGGGUGCUCCCGUCGCGCGAAUUACGACCCAGUGGAUGAUGGUGUUCUGUCUUUUGGGCUACAUGAAGUUCACUGGUGCUGGCAAAGAGUGUUGGGAUGGCUACAGUCCCGAAUGUUGGCAGAAGUGGGGUCAAUUUUUCAAACUGGCUAUCCCGGGAUGUCUGAUGACCGCAGCCGAGGCCUGGGCUUUCGAGGCCAUGACGCUUGCUGCCGGUUAUAUGGGUGCCGAAUACUUGGCUGCGCAGUCUAUUAUCAUGCAGUUCGCGAUGUAUACCAUUCUACUUCCUUUCUCCAUCGGUGUAGCUGGUACUAUCCGCGUUGGUCAGUUCUUGGGUAAGGGAGAUGCCAAGAGAGCCCGUCGCUCCGCUUGGGCUGCCACUAUCCUGGCGGUCAUAUCCGCGGGUCUUGUGGCCGCGGCAAUGAUAUCACUGCGUUACAAGCUGCCACGUGUAUACUCCACGUGGGAUAAAGCUAUCGAUAUCGCGUCCACUAUCAUCCCCAUUGUUGCAUUUGAGGGAGUGUUCGAUGCCGUGAAUAUCUGUGGUUCGGGUGUGUUCAGAGGUGCCGGUAAGCAGAUGACUGGAUUCUUCCUGAAUCUGGUCGCCUACUACGUUAUUGGCCUGCCUCUUGGUUUCUACAUGGGUUUCGGACUGGGCUGGAAGGCCUAUGGUAUGUGGAUGGGUAUGCUCAUUGCGCUUAUGAUUAUUGCCGUAGUUGUCAUUAUCAUUUUCUUCCGUAUCGAUUGGAAUGAAGAGGUCGAAAACGCCCAGCGACGUAUUGGGGACGAUGGCGAUGAGGCUCCAAUCAUUACUGGCCAUUAAGUAGCUACAGCAUUGUAGCUCUUGAGAUCCAACAUACAAAUAUUGAAUGAACACUCGAGUAGAAUUCAAAAAUGCAGAGUCUCGAUUCUGCAAGCACAUAUCAGAGGAAAUAAAGUAACAAAUGCAAAGCAACA